AUGCCUCCAAAGCGUCCAUCUAGAAAAGCCAAAACUACCUCAAAGGUGGUGAAGCCAUCUAACGUCUCUAAGAAAACGAAGAAAGCUGUUAGCUCGAAAGUUACCAAGCAUGCGGCAGUCAAAGCCGAUGGUCGUCACAGAAAAACCAAGCCAGCAUUGAACCCAACCCCAACUUGUAAGUCCCAACCUUUGGAUAUCUUUGUUUGGGGGACUGGAUCCAUGUGUGAGCUUGGUCUUGGCCCAGCUGCCAAAACAAAGGAAGUCAAGCGUCCUAGAUUGAACCCAUUCUUAUCAAAGGAAAACGUUGGUGUUGUUGAUAUUGCAGUUGGUGGGAUGCAUACUCUUGUGUUAGACAAAAACAAUAAAGUGUGGUCUUGGGGGGCCAAUGACUCAUUUGUCUUGGGUAGAGACACUGCUGGUAAAGAAAAGUUGAAAGAGAUUGCCGAAACUAAAGAUGAUGAAGAUGAUGACGAUGAUGGAGAUUUGAACGAAGCUGAAUCCACUCCAGGCUUAGUGGAAAAUCUCCCAACCGAUGUUGAAAACAACAAGGUCAUUCAAUUGGCAGCCACCGACAACUUGUCAGCGGUCUUAUACGAAAAUGGGGAUGUUUACGCUUGGGGUACUUUUAGAUGUAACGAAGGGUUAUUGGGAUUCUCUGCCGAUACCAAGUUUCAAAAGACCCCAAAGAAAAUGGAGUUGAAAAACAUUGUUCAAUUGGCUCCUGGUAAGGACCAUAUUUUGGCUCUUGACGCUUAUGGUAAAGUUUUUGGCUGGGGUGAUGGCCAACAAUAUCAAUUGGGUAGAAAAGUAAUGGAAAGAACUAGAUUACAAAAUCUUAAGCCUAUGCCAGUCACUUUGAAGAACAUCAAAUAUAUCGCUUCUGGGGACUACCAUGCUUUUGCAAUUGAUCAUAAGGGAGAAGUAUACACCUGGGGUCUUAACCAAUAUGGUCAAUGUGGUAUCAAGGAAGACUUGGUUGAUGGUGACACUGUCACUAAACCUACCAAGGUCACCAGAUUGUCUGAUAAAAACAUUGUUGAAAUUGCCUGUGGGGAACACCACACUUUGGCGUUGAGCAAUGAUGGCUCAUUAUAUGCUUUUGGUAGAUAUGAUCUGUUUGAAGUUGGUAUUGGUAAGGAUGAUUUACCAGAAUACAGUUUCAAAGAUGAUCAUGGGAAAGUUAGAGCUGUUCCAUUCCCUACUUUGUUGACCAAGGUCCCUAAAUUCAGAUCUGUCGCCACGGGAUCCCAUCAUUGUUUGGGUAUAACUGAGGAUGGUGCUGUUUACUCUUGGGGUUAUGGUGAUACCUAUGCUGUUGGACAAGGUCCAGAUGGCGAUGAUAUCGAAGUCCCAACUAGAAUCAAGAACACUGCAACCCAAGACCACGAUAUUUUAGUUAUUGGUUGUGGUGGACAAUUCUCUGUCAGCGGUGGGAUCAAGUUGUCAGAUGAAGAAACUGAGAAAAGAGAAGACAAAAUAGAAGACUUUGAGGAAAAUAGAAAUGCCUAA